GGUUGGUUCUUGUUAGGAGGAGUUGGGACCUCAAAAUGUGAAAUCAAUAAGAAACCCUCUCUCUCUCUCUCUCUCUCUCACUCACUCACUCUCUUCACUCUUUUUCACAAGAAAGAGUGUGUGAUAUGGUUGUGGUAAGAAUGAAGAGAAGAAGAAUCAUAGCAAGCUUGGGUUUUCUAAUGCUAAUGGGCGUUGCUGUCUAUUUCAGGCUUUGGGCCAUUCACUACACCAUCUCCUCUGAUGACUCUGAGCUCCUAAGGCGACAGUUUGACAUUGCUAACAGGGAAGCAAUGGACGAAUCUGCGGAGUGGAGGCUAAGGUAUGACCAGGCUGUAGAUAGGGAAAGCAAGUGUUUGCAGGAGCUUCAAGGGAUUAAGGGUACUAAUAAUAAAUUCAAGAUCCUGCAAAAGGAGAAUGCAAUCUUGCUUGAAAGGCUGGAAACAUUGAAACGUGAGGUUGAAGACCAAAAGCUCAAGUGCAAUUCAAGAAAGCAUUCAUGAUGUCAAGUGGACUUCUUAUUAUCAACUUCUCCUCACCUCAAGUUGUUUAUUUUCAACCACUGCUAUAUAGAGUUAUAGAGGAUUUCUGGUCUAACGUUUUCACGUCAGAGUCACCAAACAAGAAUCCACCAAAUGAAAAAUAUACAUGAACCAUAUACUAAUCUUCACACUUUGUUAUCAUCAUGUCAUUCUCCUCUGGAUUAUGCCUUAUAGUUUUACAUUGUUUUAUUUAACUCGGAGAAGAAAUAGCAACAUUUUGUAUGUCUCAUGUCUUAUCUGUUAUGUGUUAGGAAACGAGCGAAAGCAUAACAAGAAAUUUGACACAAAUGAUGUAAUGCAUGUGUUUCGAAAUUGAUAGAAUGCUAAAAAUUUGGUGUGUUAGUCAGUCGGCUUAUGACCAGAAAUUAUUAACCUUUUAGAAUUUUUGAAUAAGAUCAAAUAAAGUGAUAUUUUACUAUUAAGUAUUA